CAUCUUCUUUCCUCUUAUGGAAUGCAGAGAGCUUAGCGAUUAUUUUGGGUUUGCUUGAUUCACUGUACUCUUACAGUAACUUCAUCGUUCCCACUGGCUUUGGACACCAUAAUACCGGAAUUACUGCUAAUUAGCAGUCAUUUAUGAGAUCUAAUUAUCUUCAUGUAUUACUAGGUAAUUCUUCAAAAAUGAAUUUUGCUUUCACAAAAUGUGCUGAAUAUUAUAGCUCAGACAGUGAAAUAAUCUCAAAUUUAUUUAGAUACAUGAUGCAAGGGUUUUAAAUUCCUUAGGGAGACUUCUAUGUAAAAAUUAAUACAGUCUUGCUCAGCUGACGGAAUCACUGAUGAAUAAAGCUGAUAUCUUAAUGCUAACAUCUCGAAAUUUUGAGUGUUUUGAAAGAUGAGUGAUAACUAUAAAUCGAACUUUUGCUUACUGCAAGAGUUAAUUCUCUAAUUCUUAUUUACCUUUAUUAUUUUUAAGCACCUUAUUAUCAAGCACUCUUUGCUAUAUUCAGUACAAUUUCUUGGAUGUGGGAGUCAUAUGCAUACACCAAUCUGCUUGAUUUUCACAAUUAUGCUUUCCGAUUGUUUCACUAUGAACAAAAUAGUGUCCUCUUAACCAAAAUUUUUGAAGUUCUUGCCACAGUAAGUUUCAUAGAGGUAAAUAUUCUGGAAAACAUGCUUAUUGUCAUUUUCUCUGCUAAAAUAUUUACUGCUUGUCAUCCAAGAAAAUUGGUGACUUAGUAAAAAUAUUAACGAAUUUAUUCAAGAAUUUGGAGAUUCAAGAUAUCGGGUUAUUAUCUAUAUAAAUGAAUGCUUAGAUAUCACUAUGCAAAAUGUAGGAGGUCUUCAUCUCUGGAAAUUCUUUGGUCAACUUAUUCCUUCCUUCUUA